AUGACUCGUAGCCAAAAUCUCCGUGUCUAUCGCGCGUGCCAACGGUGUCGUCAGCGGAAACUCAAAUGUGAUCCGUCCAACUUGUCCGAAGGGACAAAACCUUCCUGCGUACAGUGUCUCCGUUCUAGCAAUGAGUGCAUGCCCGCCGGGUCACGGCGCGGCGGCGACUUCUCACGGUUUCGACGUCCAUACGGGGACCGAAGCUCUACGCCAACGCGGGCUAAUAUAGGCCACGGACUGCAUGACGAACAAAAUAGAGACGACGAAAAAGUAAUCGACGAUCCUAUCUACGCUGAAUUAACGAAUCCGGGUGAUGCACUCCAAAUCCUUGCCCAACUCGCCGCGAACGACUCCCAGGUUCCCAAUCACCCUAAUGACUCUACGACCUUCGAUCCUUUCCCGGCGACUCCAUCCACGAAGCGAGGGGGGACGGAUACCGCUUUUAAUAUAAAUGGUCCGAUCGAGUCGAUUCAACCUCCUGUGUUACAGUCGACAUUGUCUGAGACAGAGACAUUGGUGAUCGGUGUGUUAGGCACAGAUACUGUUUGCCGUCUAAUACAUCACUACGCAGCAAAUUACCACACUUUCUGUCCCCUCGCCCCGAAACGGCUUCUGGCAACAACGGAUCCACGCAAGGCGGCAGUAGACGAGCCGUUCCUGCUGACAGUGCUUCUGACCAUUGCAUCCAAAGACGAGCCCGCAUAUAAGGAUAUCCACCAACAUUGCUGGAAAUAUCUCAAGCGGCACUUGUUAGAUAUACUCCUCGCCACGCCAUCCACCUUAAGGGUCGGGUCUGUCGAAGGUCUCCUGCUUCUCUCGGAGUGGGUGCCUUAUAUGCAACUUGAAACCUGUUCCUAUCCUAAUAUGUUCCCGAGGAACCUGAGUGCCGUCGAGGAUAAUAUGGCCUGGUCACUCAUCGGCCAGGCGGUGAGGCAUUCUUAUCUCCUGCGUCUAGACAAGGCAUCCUUUCGGGAGACGGCUCUUGGGGAGUCGCAAGAACUCGAGAAUCGAAACCUUCUAGCGUGGAUAUUUGUAUAUAUCGCCGACCGACAGAUCUCCGUCCGUAUGGGACAAUCAUUCUGGUCUCGUGGGCCAUCGCUCUCGACGAACUUUACGGCCAAUGACUUUCCAACUCUACGGCUCAGGGCAGAUGCAGAGCACAAAUAUGCACAUGUGCUACAGGCUACCAUUGAGCUCACGCAGCUUCUUCACAACGUGCAUGACACUUUAUACGCGUCCAAGGAACGAAGAACUCAAAUGGUUCGAAGAGGAGACUACAAUCGCUACCUAGAUGAUUUUCGGCACUCCAUGUCGGCGUGGAAAGACCGUUGGGACGGUCUCGAGACAUCUCCCAAGCUGCACUGUACAAUGCAUAUCUUCAAGGAGUACGUUCGAUUGUACGCAAACUCAUUUUCUUUCCAGUCACUUCUUUCCAGGGCAGCUCAUCACAGUCGCCCUGCGGGAGAAAACCGGGCAACAACUUCAGGGCCAAAGAGAGCCCCCUCUCUGUUUCCACGGGGCAUCAUGUCGACCGCAGAGGGUGCAUAUGUGCUCGAAGCAGUAGAUGCAGCCCGGGCGAUCCUGACAAUAGUUGUCCAGACAAUUUCUCAGGCGCAGAUUCGCUAUAUGCCGUUCCGAUUCUACAUGUAUACUGUGUACUCCGCGGUGUUUUUAUACAAAGCGGACGUCUUUGGAGCCGUCGUGAGCACAGAACAUACCGAAGUCGUCAACUUGGUGCAACAUUUUAUACAAGUACUUGAGGAAGCUGCCAUUAGCGAUUCCCAUAUUGCUAGUCGGUUUGCAAGUUUGUUGAAGCGCAUGUGGCUCCCAGACAGGCAAUGCCAUUCUCCCAAGCGAACCACAUCUUCCGCCGCUUCGAACUAUGUAAAUACGUCGUCACAGCAGUGCGAACUCGCCCGAAAUACUGAUUUACUCGACGACGGAGCUCGCCACGAUCUUGCUUCUAGCAUGCAGGUUCCUGAGCCUGCACAAAUUCCCACACCAUAUUUCAAUCUUUUUUACCCUGAAUUCUCGACUUUAGAGUCCGAGCUGGUCGAAUUCGGGCAUCGGGAGUUGAUAGUGGAGGAGGAUGCGAUGCUCUAUAAGAAUUUUUGCUAA